CUCUCAGGCUGUUUCAAAGUGUGUAUGUCACCACUGUGUGCGCUGUCAAUCUCUUGUCAAUCGGUUCACCUGCCAACGGUGCCGCGGUCUGUCGGACUCGAAUAAUUUACUGUAACUUGAACUGAGGCCUUGAAUUUGCUUAAACUGAUCAGCAGUUAUCAUCUUGCUCACAGCGCUAAAGUGGACCUUCUCUAUAGAGAUCUCUAUUGACCAGGGACGGCCUUCGAUUGGUGGAGCGGCGAAGCAAUACCAUCAAAUUCUUGAUUGCAACCCCAUUACAACAUCUCGACUCGGAAACACGCCUGCAGUUUGGCUUUUCCACAGUUUUCGACCGAGUCCUUUGCUUUGGUGUUCUCGGCCUUUUUGUCACGGGGAACUUUUCCAGUUUGCAGUCCUCAGGCCCCAAUCAAUCUGUCGAAGACUCGAAGUGACAGGCAAGCACGAUGGACGGAAGUUCCGCGAUAAACUACCCAUUGCUCGCCCGGGAAGUCAAUUAUCAUCUUGUGGCGUCACUCGCACUUCAGCUGUGGGACAUGGUGAUUACUUCAAAGAGUGAGAUGGAGCAUAUCUGGCCGAAACCUUGGAGCUCGGUUUUCAAGUGGUUGUACUUGUUCCUCCGAUAUUUCAGUCUUGCAAUACAAAUAUUUCACCAAUUUGCCGUUCCUUACCUCAAUAGUGGAAAAGCUUUGAAAUCAAAUUGUUUUGCAUGGUUUGUCUAUACUGCCCUCAUUGCGCAGUUCCAGACAACCACUAUCGAGUUCAUCUUGGCUGUCCGAGUGUAUGCACUGUUCAAUAGAAGUCGCCGCAUCGCUAUCAUGUUGGGGUCGCUGAUGACACUCGAGUAUAUAAUUCUCGUGAUCAUUGUUGGCGGCUAUUUCCAUAGGAUCCCCUCCAUCCCGUAUUGCAUUCUAUCAAAACCACCGAAUCAGAUAAUUUAUCACGCCAUUGCAGUGGUGGCAACGCAAAGUACACUUCUGUGUCUUUCACUGAUAAAACAUCUACUGGCCAGACGCGCUGGCUGGGGCCGGGCACCGCUGGUCUCGCUUUUGAUCAGGGACGGAACGGCCACGUAUUUCAUAAUAUGUGUGAUCUUCCUUUGUAUCGGUUCAUUUUGUCAACUCCGUGAUGAGCGCACUGUAAUCAUGUUCUUUUGGCUAAUCUCGGUCAUAUCAUCAUGCGGCUGUCGACUUAUAGUCAAUAUGCAACGUCUGGCAGUUGAUGAGAAAGUUGUACAUCGCUCUCAUAUUACCUCAGAGAUUGAGGUCGAAUAUCCGUCCAAGACAUCGUUUCAAUCAAUAUGAUAUCCUGUGCUAUAGUAACAGUGCAACAUCCCGGCCAUGAUUGUUGCAGAAACGCCCCUGCAGACCCAACACGUUCUAGCUUAAAAUGAUGGGUAAAUUCUUCUCCUACUAGUGGGCGCAAAGAGAUAACUUUCUCACAAUCAAUGACUGCGCUUACUCAUGUCUCAGGGAGCCUUUAAGAACUCCUCAGGGUCUUUGGCUUUAAGAUGUUUGCCAUGGACGACUUUUUGGUAAGUGACAUUCCACCACGCACACCCUAAGCCCUUGUUAGUUUGAUUCUUCUUGGC